AUGCAAUCAUUGAUGACGAGUAGGCCUCAGAGAGGUGGAUAUCGAGAAGACUCCAUGAUGUCCAGUAAUGCAUAUAGACCUAGUGAGUGUAACAGGUUUCGUAGUACAUCCUCAACAGAUAAGGUACAAGAUGCAAGACAAACACGGUUGUGUUUUACACGUUUGCAAGAGGUGCAUACAAAGGUGAACUGUGAACCAGUGAGCAAGUUCAGUGAUAAGCUAAAUGUAAACUCCGGGCCUGACUCCGAAUUGUGUGACGAUAACGGUGUGGUGAAGAAGUCUGUAGUUACAACUGGUAAACCAUUGUUGAAUAGAGUGUCACAGAAUAGAGUUACUGCUUCAGAGUUCAGUUCUGACUCCACAAGUUUACAAGGUAUUACUAGUCACAGUGAAGGUAUGAAAUCUUUAGGGAUUUGUGAGGAAGAACCAAAAUCAUCUACUGCUGUUAUUAAAGAGUUUGAAAGUGAUGAAGUGAGGUGA